AUGGACGAGCAGUACUACACCGGAUUUCCAGCAGCACCCUAUCCGCAGCAGUUUUUGAACGAUAUAUUGCGUAUGCAGGGCGAUUUCAGUGGAGUCCAUGAUGCAAACGCAGCGGCGUGUUACAGCAAUCCACAUGCUGCAUUUCCGAAUGGCGAGGCAUCAAAAGAGGGCAUCGAAAUAAAAAUGGAGAAUCAGGGUGCAACGACGUCGGAUAUGCGCAUGGAGGUGAUCUCGGCAGUCGCAGAGGUGGCCAAAUAUGCCCAGAACAGGACACCACAGAUGGAGAACGGCGCGCAGAAGGGCCCUGGUGCAAACGGUGUUGUGCAGCAAGUGCCAAAGCCAAUUUCGGCCCAUUCGACAACUUCUCCGAUCAGUUCGCCAGAAGUGAAUCCAUCCGGCAAUGCAAAUCGAGCGCAGCAGCAGAAUGGUUUUUCAGAUGAAAGUGACAGUGACGACGAUGAAUCCUCAGAUUCGGAAAGUGACGAUGCGAAGUGCUCCUCUUCUCACGGUGGACAGAAAUGUCCGGGCGUAGAUGUUGAGGCAGACAACAACGAACUGUUCGCAAUCCUGAAAAAGAAAAUUGAAAGGCAAGUACCGCGAAAACGUCUGCGAUAUUUACGACGAAUUAGGCGGCAGUUAAACUAUUUUUUGCAAAUGCAUGAA